AUGCGCUCGACGAGGCAGAUCGAGCACGUGUUCGCAUGCGUGUGCGUGUGCGUGUCCGCACGAGCAUCGCCUUCUUGCGAUCACCAUCUGCCGCAGGGUUCAAGGCUUUUGCUGCUGGUUCUUUCGGUUGGCUGCGGGCACGAGCGAUGGCACGGCACUCUUGACCAGACAGCAUAUCUCUCUCUCUCUCUCUCUCUCUCAUACGUGCAGACAUGGCCGGAUGCACAAUCAGAGGCCGUGACUCGAACGACGCGCUGCGACAUGUUGAAGUGCCUGUACACACCGGCUUGCCUGUGCGCAUGUCUUCGCACACGUACACUUGAAGCAACAGGAACGUUUUUUUGCAUUCUUUCUUUCGUGCCGCUCGUUCUUCUUGUUCCAGUUCACUUUUUCAUUCUUGCCCUUAUUUGUUCACGUACUUGUUCUUUUUUUUUCAUUCUUGUCCUUGUGUCUCUCGUACUUCUUUUCGGCAAUUUUGUCACAAUCUCCAUGCGCUCGCACAACGUGCACAUUUCAGUGUACUCUUGCGUGCCCGUGUUGCAUGCGUCGCCCUUCUGCAUUAUUCUAGCCCCAGGCCUAGCGCGUUGUCAUCAGCGUUGA